AUGGCUGCAGUUGACGAGGCAGUUCUCAUCGGACUGUGUGAUGGGGAAAUCGAUUCAAAGCGAUAUCCGAUGUCUUACUUGACGAACAAAAUUGGCGACCAACCGGACAAGCUUCCAGUGAUAUCAUGGCAACGUCCACGCUGUGGUCUAUGCAGCGCGGUCAUGGCCCAUGUGGUGCAGGUAUACUGCCCCCUAGCGGCGUCUCCCUACCACCGCACCCUGAAUGUGUUCGCCUGCCCCGGGCCACAGUGCAGCGGACAACCGGAGAGCUGGAGGGUUCUGCGUUCUCAGUGUCUGGAAUCAGAGGUCAGAACCAACCAUGUGGUCCAACCUUCAGGCCACGCUCCAGUUAAAGAGGUUCCCAUGACAACCACAUACUGGUGUGAUGGGACUGAUGACUGGGGCGAGGAAGAGGACAAGCAGGAGGGGGGAGAUGGAUGGGACAAGGCCCAGAACCAGGCUCAUAUGGGGGGAGAGGAUCCUGAGAUCCUCUUACUCACCGGGACCUCCUUUGAGCUGGAUGUGAGCGGCAAGCUUCAGGGACUCAGUCUGGAAGGAGGAGAAAAGGUGGUGGAGGAGGAAGGGGAGGUAACGGGUAACAUCCCUACCUACAGACCUUUCUACAUCAGUGUGGUGGAUGAGACGGACCUGGGUGGUCAGUCAGACCUGGAGCACGCUGAGACUCUGCUGCGGGAGUACGAGCAGAGAGAGGGAGUAGGGAUGAUCGGGAGCACUGAGGGGGGAGGAGGGGAGGAGAGGUACGAGAAGGACAACCCCAGACAUGGAGACGCAGUGUUCUCCCGCUUCAUGAAGAGGAUCUCUGUGUGUCCGGAGCAGGUGUUGCGGUACAGCUGGCACGGGUCUCCUCUCUUCUUGUCUGACCCCCCCUCGGACCUGCCUUGGAUUAAACCUGGCUGCUGUCACUGUGGAGGAAUCAGGGUGUUUGAGUUACAACUGAUGCCUGCUCUGGUCAGCCUGCUGCAGAGAACAGACACUGGGUCAAGGCCGGCGGUAGAGAUGGGGGAUGUAGAGAUGAAUAUGGGGCUGGAGUUUGGUACUGUGAUGGUGUUUACUUGUAGAAACAGCUGUUGGUCGUCAGGCUCAACCUCACCUGUGGAAGAGUUCAUCUAUCUACAGGCAGAUCCAGACCAGAAACUCUACAAAUAACUCACUCGGUUUCCAUCCACAGUUUUUUAUGCGAGUGAAGUGAUCAUAUUUUUGUUAAGACAUGGUGGGAUGUUUUUGUGUCAAAUUAAAUAUGCUUUUAUGUGCCAAUAUUGGUAUAAUAACGAAGUAAAGUUGGGAGUCGUGAUGAUAUGGUGUGUGGUCCUCCCACCACGACUCGGGAAAGCAUUUAUUAGGCUACAGAUGAAAUAAGUUAUGAUGACUGGGGGGGGGGGGGG